AUGUCAUUGAGACGAACCGUUAAGGAUUUCUUAUCAAAUUCUACAUUGCAUGGACUGAAAUAUAUUGGUGAUAGUAAUUUGCAUGGAAUGGAACGAUUUGUCUUCGCGGUUUCAUUUUGUCUGGCCAUAGUUUUAUCAGCUUAUUAUAUAAAUGAAAUCUAUGGAAAGUGGAAAACGACUCCAGUCAUUUUUACAAUAGAUUCAAUGGCAACUUCGAUACGUGACAUUCCAUUUCCUGCUGUUACAAUAUGUAAUAUGAAUCAGGCGCAAAGAAGUCGUGUGGCAAGCAUUAAGGGUGGCACCACUGAUGACAAUUUGCUGCGAGCUCUAUGUCACCUAGAUUCAGAAGAGGAUUCAGAGAGUUUGUUUAACGCAAAAAAGGCUGGCACCUGGCAAUAUUUCCGCCAAUUUAUUCUAAAUGUCUCCCAACCAUGUAAUGAAUUGCUGCUGUUAUGUCGUUAUGGGUCAAUCACAGUCGAUUGCCAUCAUUUCUUUAGUCCCUUUCUUACGGACGAGGGAUUGUGUUGCACGUUCAACGCAGUUCACCCACGGUACAUGCACAGCAACUACAGUCAAGAUGAUAACUUCCGGCGUGAUGACAGCCAAGGAGAUAAUGCGGUUGAUUGGAAUCCUGAGUCUGGCUAUGUUGAACUUAAAGCGGAGCCGUAUUUCCCAGUUACAGGGCUAGGUACAGGCGUUAAUAUGGGUUUGACGGUGGUGUUGAAUGCUUCCUUGGACGAGUAUUUCUGUUCCUCCACGAACAGUGUUGGAUUCAAAGUUCUAUUGCAUAGUCCAAUCGAAACCCCGAAAAUCGCUGAAUACGGGUUAUCCAUACAAACUGGAAUGGAAACUCGAAUUGUUGUUAUUCCAAUUUUUCGGAAUUCGACACAGAAAGUUCGGAAGAUUGGCAUUAAGCAACGCCAAUGCUUGUUUUUAGGUGAAAGGGAUACAUCCUAUUUUCGAACCUACACAUCUUCCAAUUGUAGAUUGGAGUGUGAGUCCCAAGUCAUGGAAGCACAGUGCGGCUGUGUCAUGUACUAUAUGCCGCGUCCGUCAUCAGAUUCAGUGAUAUGCGGUCCUAAGGAUAUGACAUGCAUUAAUCAGUUUGUGAGCGCUCAAGAUGUUUAUAAUGAAAGCAGUUGCCAUGAGUGCUUACCUGAGUGUGUUGGGCUUCAUUAUGAGUCCACGGCUACUAGUGCAAAACUACAUAAAAGAGCUAAAAUUCCAGAAUUUAUGCUGGGGGGAAACAAGAACGCUAAUAUUGACUAUGACAAUUUCGCUGUGGUCCAUUUUUUUUAUGAGAGUAAUUCCUUUAGAGGAACUAUUCGGGAAGAGUUUCAAGGCUUCGUGGACUUUAUCGCAAGUAGUGGCGGAAUUUUAGGUCUCUUUUUGGGAUUUAGCAUUUUAUCAGGAAUUGAGCUGAUGUACUUCUUUUUUAUAGCUCCCUGCUACGGCGCUAAGCGUCCCAGUUAUAAUAAAGAUGAGAUGCAAUUCAAUAUGCAAAAGGUCUCUUCAGCCAAGAAAAACGUAAAACCAAUUUACUUUGUCGACUCUCGGCAGAAUUAUGGGCCACGUCUUCGAAUACAUCCAAAAAUGAUGAAUUUCAGUUUGAAGAAAGUAGUUUACAUAGAAUCAGAAAGUAAAGCACAUGCACUUGAAACUCAAUUGCCGUAUUGUGAAUAGCAAUGGUGUAUAACCAGAUACA